AUGAAAAUUCAUUGUGGUACUAGUUAUCAUCCGAUCCUUAGGUUGGGAACUUUAUAUAUCGGAAUUAAUGGAUAGUUCAACAUUUCACUUAUGGAGAAACUCCAACAACAUUCCUUAAUCGAAUUUACUUCUAGUUUGUGACUUAUAACCGACACUCAAUUCAAAAAUUUUACAGGGAGAUGUUUCCUUAACUCGUAGUAUCUUGAUGUCUGCUUCCAGAGGAUUUAGUAAAAUAAGAAUCAGUUUUGAUAUUUAUUAUUUGGGUUAAUGGAAUCUUGCAGAGGCUAUCACAGUAUAUGCUAAUAGUUUAUUGGUGCAUUAUGAAACUCCUAAAACUAGUGAAUUAUAAGACUAUCCUAUGAGAUAUUGUAUAUAAAGACCAAUUGGAAAAUCAAAUUCUGAGAAAAUCUCAAGAAUAGAUCAAACGAUAUCAUUUAAUGAUGCUCAAUUAAAUAUAGAAAUUGUUCAUGAAUAAUUUACGAUUGGUUCAACUAGUGAUUAUGGAAUAACAAAUUUUGUAUUAUAAGUUUUUUAUUGUGAUGAUCUUUGUGAAGAAUGUGAUGAAUAUUAAUGUUUGACAUGUAAAUUAGGAUAUGAAUUAAUAAAAUCAUAAUGUAAAUGUGAUCCAACUUAAAAAUUUUCAUUUUACAAUCCAAAUUUAUAAUGUCUGGAUUAAUGUCCAAUAGAUCAUGUACCUGAUGAGAAUGGUGUUUGUUAGAUAGCAAUAAUAAAUAAUAUCUAUAUGGAUUUGGAAUAAGAUAUUUUUAAUAUUUACAAAUUCUAAUACAUUCCCGAUAAAUAUUUUAGUAAUAUAUAAUUGAUGACGCAAACAAUUGGAAGUAAGAGUGUAGCUGGUAUGUUUGGGAAUACAGAUAAAAUUGUUUAUAAUGAUAUUCUAUUACCUGCAAAUGGAAAAUAUGAGAUGAAAUUUACAUUGUAUAUUACUGGUAGAGUUUUCGGUUUUGUUUAAGAGGAAAUAAUUAUUAAAUUCAAUUAGUUUGUUGUAGCCAAGAUAGCUGAUUUUCAAACAGUUUUUUUAAAUUCCUAUUUCAAACAGUAAAAUAGAGUUUUACCUAAAGAAAUAUGUAAUACUCCAUUAUAUUAACAAUGUAAAUUAUAAACAAUUUACAUGAUGUUUGAUCUUUCAGAAACAAUAAAUGAAAUAGAAUUUAGUUCUAAAUUUACUUUAAAUUAGUCUGAAAGAAAAUGGGGAAUCAGAGAUUUUAUUGUGAAUCAAUAUUCAAUAUCAAGUAAUUAAAUAAGUUGCUUAAAUAAUUGUUAAACUUGUUAAUUCAAAACACCAGAUAUCUGUUUGUCUUGUGGAGGUAGUAAGAAUUUAUUUAAAGGAAUGUGUAUAGAUCAAUGUCCAGAUUACACAAAUGCAAUUGGAAAUGUUUGUGUAGAUUCAUAAAUGGUAAAUGUUAAUUAAGAGUAUUUAAUAAAUAUGUUUCAUGAUUUGAAUCAUUACUAUAUAGAAUCUUAUUCAAAUAAAUUAAAUUUGAGAUCUUACUCUUAUUUUAUGAAUAAAAUAAUUUUAGGAGGACUUAAUUUAUGGAGUAAUGAAUAAGUGAUACAUAGAUUAAAAUACAAGAAACCAUUUUAUAGAAUAAAAGUAGAAUUUAUGUUAGUAUUCAUUGAUUCUAAGAACAAUCAAAUAUAAUUUAGAACAAGUGUUAAUUCUGAAGUUUCUAUAUAUUCUAUGUUUGGUAGUGGAAUUUCAGUGGGUAAUUAAGUAGGUUAAAAUGAAAUUGAAGUAAUUUAGAAUGUAAGUUAUAUGAAAUCAUUUUAAUCAACUGAUGAAUUAUCAGUGUAAUUACAUUGUAUUAGAAGUAUUGAUAGUGAAGCAUAUUGUGGAAUAUAUGAUUACAGAAUAAUAAUUUGGACUUGCUAAGAUUAUUGUAAAGAAUGUGAUGAUAAUGGAAAUUGUUUGAAUUCAAUAAAUACAUUAAGUACUGAUAUUAAUGGAUGUAAAUUGGGAUAUUUUAUGGAUGAUAAUGGAGAAUGUAGUCUUUGUAAUAUUGGAUGUAAUAGUUGUAAUGGAGCAUCAGAAUGCAUUACUUGUAAAGAUGGAUAUGAAUUGAGAAAUAAUAUAUGUUAUUGUUCUAUUUUAAAGGAUGUGAUUCAAUAUUGUUCAUAAAGUAAUUGCUUUCAUAAUUGUCAGACCUGUUUAAAUAAUUAGUUAGAUGUUGGUGUAAUACGUCCAAAACAUCCAAAAAAUUGUUUAUCUUGUGAUGAAUCAAAAAAUUUAUGGUUGAAUGUUAAUUAAUGUAUAUGUCUAGAUGGAUAUUAUAUGGAAAAUUUUAAUUGUUAUUAAUGUUAUCCAACUUGUAGAAAGUGUUAAGAUAGAGCUAGAGAUUGUUUAGCUUGUAUUCCAGGUUAAUAUAGAGUAUUAGAAUCAUCUACUUGUGAAUGUUAAACUGGUUAUUUUCAAGAAGAUAAUGAUUUAAUUUGUUCUAAAUGUUCAGAUUUAUGUUAAAAAUGUUAAUUUACAAAAGAUCAAUGUAGUUAAUGUUAUCCUAUUCACAAUAGAAUAACUUAAAAUGAUACUUGUAUUUGUAUGGAUGGUUAUUAUGAUGUUGGAUAAUUGAUAUGUCAAAGUAUUUAUUACUACUUAAAUAAUUAGAAUGUCCUACUUCAUGUAAAACUUGUCAAAAUUAUAAUAUUUGUACAUCAUGUUAUGAUGAUCAAUUUAGAAUCAUGAGUAUUAAUAAUUAAACUUGUAUAUGUAAAUCUGGAUAUUUUUAACAAUCAUCUGAUAUUUGUGGAUGUAUACUUAUAUUUAUAAAUAUUAGAAUGUCAUUUAUCCUGUUUAGAAUGUUCUAAUAAUACUAAUUAAUCAUGUACUAGAUGUUCUAGUACCAGAGAACCUUAAAUUACAAAUAAUGUUCUUUAGUUCUCCUGCAAAUGUAGAAGAGGAUAUUAUGAAUCUAAUGAUAAAUAAUGUUUAAGUUGUAAUGACUAUAUAAAUCCUCCAAUUACACAUUAUUGUUAUUCCAAAUGUGGAGAUGGUAUUCUAUAAUGGAAUGAAGAUUGUGAUGAUGGCAAUGAUAAUUAUAGAGAUAAUUGUUAUAAAUGUUUACAUGGUAAUUCAUUUUGUUUAGAUUACACUUGUACAGCUUGUGAUGCUGGCAAAUGUACAGCCUGUAUUGAUGGAUUCUAUUUAACUCAAGAAUCUAUAUGUUUACCUUGUGAUUCAAGUUGUAAAACCUGCAUUAAUAAAUCAGAUAAUUGUACAGAUUGUAUGGUAUAUAAAUCUGAUGGAUCUGCAUGUGUAAUAUGUAAAUAAGACUAAGGAUAUCAAGUCUAAGAUGAUUAAUGUGUUAAUAUUUGUGGAGAUGGUAUCAAAGUUUAAAAUGAAUAAUGUGAUGAUGGAAAUAUAGAUAAUAAUGAUGGUUGUAAUUAAUAAUGUCAAAUUGAAGAAGGUUAUUAAUGUUAAACCUUAUGUGAGAAGAUUAUCUAUCCAUCUAUUAUAUUUGAAUUAAAUCCUUAUGAUUUAAAAUAUGACUCAUAAAGAAUUGUGAGAAUUAAGACAGAUCAAUAAGUUUCAAUAUCUGGAAGUAUCAAUUCCAUUAUGAAAUUUAAAAUCAAUAAUUUAAAUUAAUAUGAAAUUACUUAUGUAGAUUUAACAUCAUACUCUGAUUAAUAUAGUUAUUUGUUUCUAGAAUUGAAUAUUCAAUUUUAAUCAAUGGUUUCCAAUCCUUAAUUAAUUUGUUAGAUAGUAAAUCAAGAUGCCAUUCUAAAUGAAUAAGGAAAUACUUUCAAAGAGAAAAAUUAUAUUACUUAAUUAUUGGAAUUUUAAUCACCUUCUAAUUCAACAGAAAGUGCUACUAAUGGUUUAAUAUAAUUAAGUAAAUAUAUUUUGUAUCUCCUCUUUGGAUUUGCUAUAUUAGCAUUUCUAUUUGGAGGACUAAAUAUAUUUUGGAAUUUAUUAGAUGUUCUAUAAUUAGUAUCUUACUUAUAAUUUUUAAAUGUUUAAUAUCCAUAUAAUGUUAAUAAUUAUUUUACAAUAUUUGGAUUUGCUCAAUUUGAUUUUUUAAAACAAUAUAUUGAUUUGGAAUAAUACAUUAGUAGAUAUGUAAAUACACCUGAUGCAGAUUCUAAGUUUAAAAAUGAAGGAUACUCAACUGUCUUCUAUGUAAACAUAAUUACUGUUUUGACUGUAUUUAUAACAACAUUCAUUACUUUUAUUGCUUGUAGAAUACUAUUUUAAACAUUAACUAAGAUCUCACAUUCUUUUAUAUAUGCUCCAAUUGAUUCAUAAGAAUAAAGUGUAUGUACAUUUUUCAUUUAUAGAAUUUCAAGAAAUUUAUAACAAUCCUUAUUAAAAAUAAAUUAAGAAUUUAUGUCAGGUGUGAUUCGCACAUUCAUGGCAGUAGCUUUUGAUUAUAAUCUUGCUUUGUUUCUAUAAUUAAAGGAUGUAUAUAUAAAUGAUCCAAUUUUAUUUUCUAGUUUUUUAUUUUGCAUAAUUGCAUUAUUAUUAGAAGUGAUAUUUAUUUAUUUAGCAAUACUUUUUAUGUCUAAACCACCUUAUGUUUUCAAAUAGAAAGUUAUACAACAUAAUUUUGGAGCAAUAUAUGAAGGUGUAAAAUUAGAAAAGAAUCCAUUUACUUAUUAUUUCAAUAUAAUCUUAUUGAUUAAAAAAAUGUUAUUUAUGAUGUUUCUAGUAUUAUUUUAUUAAAUUCCUUGUAUUUAAAUAGGAUUAGUAUCCAUGUUAAAUAUGAUAAUGGCUGUUUAUUUGAUUAAAGUGAAACCUCUUGAAGAUAAAGAUGAAUUAAAUAAACAAAUAGGUUCUGAAAUGAUAAUAUGGUUAGCAGAAAUGUUUAUAUUGGGUUUUGCAAUAAAUGAAUAAACAAAUUAAUUAGAGGAUAAUGGAAAAUUAAAUUUAGGAUGGUGUAUUAUAGCAUCUACAUCAUUCCUAAUAUUCUUUUAAUUGAUUAUCGAUGUUAAAUAACAUAUAAACUUCUUAAUCCAUGAAUAUGAUAUAAUCAAAAAAUUAAUUGAUAGAAUUAGAUUACUUAUGAAUAAAUAAGAACCAUAAGAAGAAUAAAAUAUAUUUCUAUAAGGAAAAAGAAGAUUAGGAUUUGAGAAUAAUACUUCUAUAAAUAAUCUUAAUAGUGCUAUGAAUAAUAGAUCCACUUGUCAAUUUAAAUAAGGAAGAGUUGUUACAUUUACAGUCAGUUCAAGUAGUAGCUGA